AUGGAGAAUGCGACGCAGCCCCAGCUGAUGGUCAAGAGCGCAGAGAGUCCAGCGGAGGAGCUCUCCAAGAUAAGCGACCAGGAGCUGCUCAAGUGGAGCAAAGAGGAGUUGGUGCGGCGGCUACGGAGGGCAGAAGCCGAGAAGAUGGGCGUUAUGCUUGACCACGGGAAUUUGAUUCGGGAGGUGAACCGGCGACUCCAGCAGCACCUGACCGAGAUCCGGGGUUUGAAGGUGAGGCAGGUGUGGUAAUGUCGGGCGCGCAACUUUGCGCACUGCUCUAUGGAUGUCUGACAGUCUUAUGUUGUGUAGCCUUUCUAGGCAUGUUUCCUAAUGCAAAAAAGCCAUGGUCUAAUCAUGCGUUAAAAAAGCUGUAGCCUAUAGUCCUACCUCUGCAAACUCCUUGAAAAUAAUGAAGGUAGGUGGUUUGAAGGUAGCAAUGUAGUCUUCAAGUAGCCUACAUCAUAAUCCAACCCAAUGAUCCACUUGUUGCUUUUAUGCUUUUCCUAUUACAUCUGGAACUGCUGAGGAUAUUUAAACACAACCACAAAAGUAAAUUUUGGAAGGCCUAUGAUUUGUUUCAAAAUCACAGUAAAUGAAUCAUCAAUAAAAUACAUCACCAUCAACACACACACGCUCCCCCUCCAUACACAAUUGCGUGCUCAACAUUUGUUAUCAGAAGUCCCAUAUGAUAAAUUAUAUAUCACCUCCUAUGUGCUUUCUCCUAUUUGUGUGUGUGUGUAUGUGUGUGUAUCCAGGAUGUGAACCAGAAGCUGCAGGAGGAUAACCAGGAGCUGCGGGACCUGUGCUGUUUCCUGGAUGACGACCGUCAGAAGGGCAAGCGUGUGUCCCGGGAGUGGCAGCGUCUGGGCCGCUACAGUGCCGGCCUCAUGAGGAAAGAGGUGGCCCUCUACCUGCAGAAACUCAAGGAGCUGGAGCAGCGCCAGGGAGAAGUGAUCAGAGAGAAUCUGGAGCUCAAAGAGCUGUGUAUCCUACUGGAUGAGGAGAAAGGGGGAGGAGGGGGAGGAGCAGGGCAGAGUGCAGGGUGCAGAAGCUCGAUUGACAGCCAGAGUAGUCUGUCUCAAACUGGGGGGGCUACACUGGGCUUGCUCCGUGACGUGGGGGAUGGGAGCAGCACCUCGAGUGCGGGAAGCACGGACAGCCCCGACCACCACCACCGCAAGCCCCUUCACCAGGGCUCCGGCCUGGGCUCCAACCCUGGCUCCCACCAUGACAAACCAGAGGGCCCGGGCCUCGAGUCUACAGGCCGCCGCCACAGCUCCACCCCAGAUUACCACACCUUCCCCCAGGCCUGCAGGCCCCGCGGGGGGUCCCUCACCAGCCCUGAUCCCAGGGGCCUCCGGGGGCCCUGCAGCCCAGAGAAACACGGCAUAUUCCCUACACAACUGGCGGCUGAGGCCCACUCCAAACCCAGCAGUGCUGACAUGCUGGCCCAGAAACAGCUUUUGGGGUCCGGGCAAGGGUUAGGGCCAAACCAAGGUUCGGGCCAGUCAAGUCCUGACCUCUCACGGAGACACAGGGUUAAUGCGGUCGGGGUUGGGGCUGGAUGUGGGACCACUGAGCCCAAACAGGCACUAACAGGGAUGCCAGAGCACCUGAGGAAGGGUCGGGUGAUUGUGGGGAGCCAUGAAGUGUUACGACACCACAACCACAGCCCCAGUUCAGAGCACGGAAAGGGGAGGUACGGCAGCAGCCCCCCAGCAGGCAGGGAGUGGGGACAGAGGAGGACCACUGGAGACGAGUUGUCCCCUCACCACGGCAGCAUCUACAAUGGCAUGAAU